AUGGAAGUGGGGAGAGGAGAAGAGAGAGUUGGGUUAUUCGCCGCCCUCCCCUUCCUCCGCGGAGACGUCUCCUCCGUCGAACCCUACCUCCCAUCCCUCCUCUCCUCCCUCUCCUACGCUGGCGUCGGCGAGUGCUGACACAAGCACGACACCUUUCACCACCUCGCCGGCGUCCACCGCAUCUCACCUCUGGCACUCCCCCCCCCCCCCCCUCGUCUCCCUUGCGGCCUCUUCCACUCCGCCUACUCCAACUCCUACCAACCUUCCGACGGCCUUGUAUCCCAUCAUAUGAACGAUGGCGAGACGUGGAGGCGGAAGAUCAGCUCCCUCCUACUCCCGGAAGGCGUGAUGUUGAAGCACAUCAGGAUCGGCGAGGGCGUGCGUGUGCUGAGGAGAAGAGAGAGCUAG